AUGCCUCCUUACUCUGCUCUCCUCCUGGCUGCGGCUGGGCUCGUUGCCGCAGAAGGUUUAACGGCAAUGAACCUCGGAGACGUCCUCGGGCGAGGUGUAACUGCUGCUGGCCUGGGUUCUUCGGCUUUUGGCGUCCACGCAGCCAGUGGUACUUGCGGCCUCGGAGAGACGGACUGUGACACCGGCUGCAUGCCCUUGACUGGCAUCUGCUGCGGCCUCGGCAACGGCGCUUACUGCGACAUUGGCUACUCAUGUGUUAGUGAUGGCUGCUGUCCUAUUGGGAAAGUUUGCACUGGCGAGCCUACAGGCUGCGAUGGAGACCGUGACCUUUGCGGCGAGUUUUGCGUGCCAAAGGGAACUUGCACUUCGGGAGGAGGUGGAGGAGGAAAUGGAGGAGGCGGUGGCGGUAGCGGAGGCGGCGAUGGAAGCUGCCCUACUGGAUAUGAGGCCUGUGAUGACGAAUGUAUGCCCAGUGGCAGCGUUUGCUGCCACAAUGGCUACCACUGCGAUGCUGGACAAACAUGUACCUCUGAUUUCAAGUGCCGGCUCGGCUCUGGAGGCGGCGGCGGAUCUGGUGGUGACGGCGGUGACAACCAAUCUUCAUCCCCUGGCGACUCCUUCACGACCAAAGGGUCUGGUGGUUCUUCGGGCCAUCAAACCAGCUACAGCCUCUCACCGGACCCUGAGCCAACUGCUGCUCCUACCCAGUCAAACCCCUUUGGCGGAUCCGGCGGCGAUGACAACACCUCCAAUCCCUUCCCUCCUGCCACCUCGGAUGAUGGCCAGCCCAGCCCUACUGAUACCGGCUCGCCCUUCACUUCUGAUGCUGGCCCUGCGACCACUUCUGACGUGAGCCGCCCUACCACGACUGCUGCUUCUCGCCCGACCAGCACCAACGGCGCUAACGGCGAUGCGAUUGGCUCUUCCGGCUUGCUUGUUGGCCUUCUUGCUCUUAUCCCCUUUGUUCUAUAA